AGUACAUUGAUCUUCUACAGACUGCCAUGGAUGCGGUUCGUGUCCAGCCUCAGGGACCGGGAGCUAUCACACUUGUCCAGCAAGGUGUAGCAACAUCAGCAGUUGUUCCUGAGGCGCUGAAAUGUCUUGUCGGGGUGGAAGAGGUUAUUUUAAAAGAUAAAGAUUUUCAGACUCGUUCUGGGGAGACCCUGUUCUCGGUUCUGUACAAGGAGGUAUUUGAUGACUGUUGCUGUUGUUGUGGGACUUCCAGGAAGAUCAGACUCACAAACAGCUACAAGACAGAAGUGAUAGGACUGAGUUCCUUCUACUGCGAUUACUAUUUGCAGGUGGCCAUCCUCUCAGGAGAUACAAUUGGUUAUGUUAAAAUUAAUUCCGCAUUUGCAAACCUGAUUGCUACCAUUUACCUGACACCGGAUAUACCCUUGUACACAGCAAGUCUACCACUGUCCAACACAACAAUGUGGGAUUCCCCCAUUGAGGUGGGUCACUUGACUCUGACAAUAUACAGGAUUAGAGAUGAAUUAAGGCAUGAUGGGGAUGUAGAAAAGGUAAAAGCUUUGGACCCCAUGCUUGCGUUCGACGAUGUGGUUGGUCACAUUGAACUGGACUUGUUCGGUAUUGUUGAAGACAUUUCGUACCUUGUCUUAGCCAGUGAAGAAGUUGCUUAG